AUUACUUUUUAAUUUCUCUUUUCUGCCCCCGCCUCAAAUACAGAGCGGGUUGGGCAUUUGGCGGGAAGAAAACAAUUAUUUAAUUAAUUAAUUAAUUUAUGCAUCUAUUUUCAUUUACCCUUUUUUCACGCAUAUUUGCUUCUCCGAAAGACGAAUUAGGGUUUCAAUUUUUUCUUUUUUUUUUUCCGCUGAGAAGUGGAAGAUGGAGAUCCCUAGCAGUAGGCGAACCAUCGGAGGAGGAAUCGAAGAGAACAUCUUGGCUAUUCUCGACGCCUCGGAGGCUAGAGACUCUCAGGACGCCAUCGAUGAUAGUAUUGCUUUUCUGGAUGCUGUACGUGCUGCUUCGAUUGUUCCAGAAAGUGGAAGACCUCCAACCAACAAAAUGUGGGAGGCGGUGUUCCAAAUCUUGAGAGUUGGGAAAUCUCUAGAACUGAUAAUGGCAAGCUUUCAGCUUUUGAAUGAGUUAGAUAAGCGAUACCCUCGGGUGUAUUCAUCCAAUUCAAAUAAGUCCAAAUCAUCAUCUAAUGCUCCUCCUGAACUAGUUGUGGUUAAAGAGGCUUGGUCGCCAUUUUUUCCAGGCUUGGGUACAAGUAUUAGUGAGAGGGAAGCAGCUGGUAAAAACUCUGGUGGACCACUUGAUUCCUCUAGUUUUCAACUUCUGAUACAAGACCUUGCUGAAGUGAAUCGUAAAGCAAACUUUCAAACAUUAGACACCAAGUCCCUGGGGAGCAUGUUGCUUUUCCAGUAUCUUGUGAAUUUUCUUGAAGGAGAUAUACUACCUCGUAACAGUGUACAUGAAGAAACUUUGAACUGGACAUUUCUGAGGGAAUCUUUGCUCAACAUGCUUCUGGGGUCAAGAAAAUUAAACUACAAAGGCUUAGUGAGGGAUUGCCUGGCCAUUAUGUGUGGACUAUCUCAAAUUCAAUCUGCAUUUAGUAAUAAUAAGAUAUAUCCAGAGAAUUCUGUGGCAAAACCACCUGAUAAUUGUGACACUGCUGUGGCAAUUGCUUUGCCUGAAAUAGGAAAGAAGACCUGCAUUGCCAUGCAGAAACUUCUAAUACUGAUUAUGGAGCUUGAUAUAUCGAAGAAGAAAGCAGAAAUGCAAGGUUAUACUACGAGAGCUGAUGGUGUGAGAACCCCACUGGUAGAGGUAAUUCUGGAUGAACUAACUUACAAUAGUGAGAUCCUUUCCCCAUUUCUUCAGGUAUUCAAUGAACCUAAAUGGAAACUGGAAAUAAUUUUGCAGUAUUUCUGGAAAUACACAGCUAAGCCUUCUAUUCGCACACGGAGAUCGAAUGGUUCUUCAGAUGAUGCAACAUUUAGUGGAGCUUUGAAGUGCUUUUCAAGUAGUACUAGCACAAAAGGCAUCAUAAAAAAGAUUGGUAUAGAAGUAAUUCAGUUGCUUUUAGCACAUGGUUUUAAGGCUCAUUUGUUUCUAUCGACCGAACAAUGUCCUGCUCUAGGUAUCUCAGAUUGCAAGGAAGAUGUGAGCGGCAACUCUCUUGUGGAAGUAUGCAAGAAUAUGAUCUCUGCUUUCCAUAGUAUGAGAAGAGUAGAUGAGCACAUGGAGGUUUUGUCAUUUGGAAAGGAAGCACUGUUUACAGCAGCAACAAUACUCUCUACAAAGUCAUAGGAGCUUGUAGUCAUUGAUUUGCUGUGAAGGAUGGUAUGCUGCAUGUAACUUACCUGCUGACCCCCCUAUAUAUUUUUGGCCCGUCAUACUUACCUGCUGACCCAAGUUUUUGUCCCUGUAAUUCAAUGUAUGCUUAAUUUAGUUGUAUAUCUGUUUGGCUUUGACGUAUC